UUUUAAAAUUUUAGUAAUUUAAAGGUUACUAAAAUAAUUAAAAUCUAAAAUCAAGAUUCGACACAAGUGAUAAACUUUGAGUUGAUUGAGUAAUGAUUGAACAAUAAGAUUUCUACACAAUUCGUAAUUUAUAAAACCAGACCAUUUUACUCCUAGUCGGAUUAGGGAAUUCCGAGAGGAGAGUUUGUGUUGGUUUAAUUUCCUAGCUUUCCUCCAGUCGCAAUUCGGGAAUCCGACUCCGGUAUUUUGGUAAGCUAAUUGGAACUCCCGCUAUUUGGCUUGUCAGACGCCAAACUUCCGUAUUUUGGUAAUUUCCUCUCUCAGAGGCUUCUGGCUUGUUAUAAGAUGUGAUUCUCCACCUGCAUCUGUAUGGGGACAUUUGCUACCGACAGAGAUCACAUUCGCAAGUGUUAUGGUGAGCUCUGCUUCUCUCUCUUUCAAGAAACAAAACAGACUAUCCUCCUUUCACAAAAAUCAGAAGGGCACUUUCAUCUAAUUUUCCCUUGAUUAUGGUUCUUUUUCUUGGCGUAGCUCAUGUUAAGGGGAUAAGUUCCCCCCUAAACAGAGCAUUCUCCAAUGUCAGUGCAUCGGAACUCCAAAUACCGGACAUAGCGAGGCGUGCAAGAAAAAUGCCAGCGGGAGUUGUUCAGUUCACUGUACAAGGAACAUAUGCCCCCUUCCUUGCUGGGUCAGGUCAGGGCGGGGCGGCAUGGGUCAAUACUAAUACCCACACCCACACCAUUGUAUAGGCAGAGCGGGGUGGAUCCGCCCCAUACCUGUUGGGGCGGGCUGAACCUGACCAAAUGUCUCAGGCCAGGGCGGGCCAUUGCGGACUUCACUGCACUCGAGUUCCAUUGGGUUCACCGCCAUUGGAAUUCCACGUCCAGAUAGACACCGACAGUGAAAUUUCAUGGGUCAGUUGUGCAUUGUGCAAUGGCUGCCCACUAUCUAGCGGAUUUCCGUUCCACCUUCAAUUCUUCAACCCGCAAAGCUCCUCUACAUCUUCAUUUAUCCCAUGCUCGGAUCAUCGGUGUGCUUCCCACAACCAUGAAUGUUCAAGCAGUAAUAAUAUAUGCAAAUACAACUUUUCAUAUGGUGAUGGUGGGGAGACAGCAGGUUACCACAUUGCUGACAAAAUUCAUUUGGAUAUGAUUAAUGGAAAUAAAUCUGCUUCAAGUGUGAUUCCCAUUGUAUUUGGGUGUAGUACUUAUCAGCUCGGAUAUUUGACACAAAGCAACCUGGCACUUGAUGGGAUCUUCGGGUUUAAUCGAAAUAAAAUGUCCAUUAUCUCGCAGCUCUCCUCCGAAGGUGUCGUCCCAAAAGUAUUCUCCCACUGCCUAAAAGGUGGAGAGGGCAAUUUUUUUUGUGCUUGGUGAGGCAGUCGGGUUGAAUCUCAUGUGGACUCCCCUCGCUCCACCCAAGUAAGAGAGGAACAGAGUAACCUAACUAGCCGGAGAUGUCACCAAUUGCCUGAGCUCAAAUCAGACGACAUCAAACCCACCAUCCAUCUUUAUCCCCUCCAGACUUCACUACACUCGAGUUCUAUUGGGUUCACCGCCAUUGGAAUUCCACGUCCAGAUAGACACUCGCAGUGAAAUUUCAUGGGUCAGUUGUGCAUCGUGCAAUGGCGGUCCACUAUCUAGCGGAUUUCUGUUCCACCUUCAAUUCUUCAACCCGCAAGGCUCCUCUACAUCUUCGUUUAUCCCAUGCUCGGAUCAUCGAUGUGCUUCCCACAACCCUGAAUGUUCAAGCAGUAAUAAUCUAUGCAAAUACGACAUUACAUAUGGAGAUGGUGGGGAGACAGGAGGUUACUACAUUGCGGACAACAUUCAUUUGGAUAUGAUUAAUGGUAAUAAAUCUGCUUCAAGUGUGAUCCCCAUUGUAUUCGGCUUUUCUCCGAAGGUGUCAUCCCAAAAGUAUUCUCCCACUGCCUAAAAGAUGGAGAGGGCAGUUUUUUUGUGCUUGGUGAGGCAAUCAGGUUGAAUCUCAUGUGGACUCCCCUCGCUCCACACAAACUUCACUACACUCGAGUUCUAUUGGGUUCAGCGCCAUUGGAAUUCCACGUCCAGAUAGACACUGGCAGUGAAAUUUCAUGGGUCAGUUGUGCAUCGUGCAAUGGCUGUCCACUAUCUAGCGGAUUUCUGUUCCACCUUCAAUUCUUCAACCCGCAAAGCUCCUCUACAUCUUCAUUUAUCCCAUGCUCGGAUCAUCGGUGUGCUUCCCACAACCAUGAAUGUUCAAGCAGUAAUAAUAUAUGCAAAUACAACUUUUCAUAUGGUGAUGGUGGGGAGACAGCAGGUUACCACAUUGCUGACAAAAUUCAUUUGGAUAUGAUUAAUGGAAAUAAAUCUGCUUCAAGUGUGAUUCCCAUUGUAUUUGGGUGUAGUACUUAUCAGCUCGGAUAUUUGACACAAAGCAACCUGGCACUUGAUGGGAUCUUCGGGUUUAAUCGAAAUAAAAUGUCCAUUAUCUCGCAUCUCUCCUCCGAAGGUGUCGUCCCAAAAGUAUUCUCCCACUGCCUAAAAGGUGGAGAGGGCAAUUUUUUUUGUGCUUGGUGAGGCAGUCGGGUUGAAUCUCAUGUGGACUCCCCUCGCUCCACCCAAACUUCACUACACUCGAGUUCUAUUGGGUUCACCGCCAUUGGAAUUCCACGUCCAGAUAGACACUCGCAGUGAAAUUUCAUGGGUCAGUUGUGCAUCGUGCAAUGGCGGUCCACUAUCUAGCGGAUUUCUGUUCCACCUUCAAUUCUUCAACCCGCAAGGCUCCUCUACAUCUUCGUUUAUCCCAUGCUCGGAUCAUCGAUGUGCUUCCCACAACCCUGAAUGUUCAAGCAGUAAUAAUCUAUGCAAAUACGACAUUACAUAUGGAGAUGGUGGGGAGACAGGAGGUUACUACAUUGCGGACAACAUUCAUUUGGAUAUGAUUAAUGGUAAUAAAUCUGCUUCAAGUGUGAUCCCCAUUGUAUUCGGCUUUUCUCCGAAGGUGUCAUCCCAAAAGUAUUCUCCCACUGCCUAAAAGAUGGAGAGGGCAGUUUUUUUGUGCUUGGUGAGGCAAUCAGGUUGAAUCUCAUGUGGACUCCCCUCGCUCCACACAAACUUCACUACACUCGAGUUCUAUUGGGUUCAGCGCCAUUGGAAUUCCACGUCCAGAUAGACACUGGCAGUGAAAUUUCAUGGGUCAGUUGUGCAUCGUGCAAUGGCUGUCCACUAUCUAGCGGAUUUCUGUUCCACCUUCAAUUCUUCAACCCGCAAGGCUUCUCUACAUCUUCAUUUAUCCCAUGCUCGGAUCAUCGGUGUGCGUCCCACAACCCUGGAUGUUCAAGCAGUAAUAAUAUAUGCAAAUACAACAUUACAUAUGGAGAUGGUGGGGAGAUAGCAGGUUACUACAUUGCGGACAACAUUCAUUUGGUUAUGAUUAAUGGUAAUAAAUCUGCUUCAAAUGUGAUCCCCAUUGUAUUCGGGUGUAGUACUUAUCAGCUCGGAUAUUUGACACAAAGCAACCUAGCACUUGAUGGGAUCUUCGGGUUUAAUCGAAAUAAAAUGUCCAUUAUCUCGCAGCUCUCCUCCGAAGGUGUCGUCCCAAAAGUAUUCUCCCACUGCCUAAAAGGUGGAGAGGGCAAUUUUUUUUGUGCUUGGUGAGGCAGUCGGGUUGAAUCUCAUGUGGACUCCCCUCGC